GCUUGGAGGAAGUCUUGGCCUAAACUGAAGUCAUUUGCAUGCAAAUUGUCUUACUUCUGUCCCCAUGGUGACCAGUUUGUUGACUGUCAGUGAUUGCCAGCAAUCAACACACACACCCACUGCUGAUAGUUCUGCCUGGACACAAAGGGGAAGACUUGAUGGAAGAGGGCACUGGUGCUGCAGAAAUGACCUCUUACAUUGAAAAUUCUCCGAUUCUCAAACCCCAGGAACAUUUCCCAGAGGGAUAUCGAGCCGGUCACUUUGAACACGUUACCCAAAUGAACAUGCUUGAUGAUAUGUCAAGGGUCUUCCGGAUCCCACCAAAGAUUUGUUUGGUCAAGAUAUCUGCCAAAGAAGACCCAGAAUCCUCAGGGCUCGGAGAUACAAAUUUCAAAGUGCCGGACCCAGCUGAUUCUGCGUCAUUCAAAAAUGACAGAUGCUGCAAGCUGCUGAAUAUAGUAAGGCAGGAUCUACAGCUGAGUGACAUUGAGGACAGCAAACCAGAGAACACAGAAAAUCCCAGCUCAAAGAAGACAAGUAAGAAAAAGAGUGAAAAUUACCAGCAGAAGGCGAAGAUAAAAGAAGACUCUAAUUAUGAUGAUGCAGAGUGGUAUAAAGCCAUAAAGAGGGUUGAAGAAUUCCUGGAUUUUCCAGCAGUGAUUUCAGCCAUGAACUUUAGGAAUAAGACAGAAUCUCAAAUGUUUUCUCAAAUCUCACCUACAUCUAACAAUCGACAAAUGGCAUGUAAAGAGGCAAAUGUUCCUAUUCCAAACACCAGACACAACGCCGUCUUUUUGAGGGACAAUCCAAAGGCUGCACAAGUGAUCCUGACGUCUCCGUAUCAUAAUGGGGAAUAUCUCAGAACUGAGAAUAAAGGUGAUAGUAAUGAAGAUCAUAAAGGAAACCUGCCACUCAAGAAAGUCCCCAACUUGGCUCAGAAACCCAACUCCAAAAUGGAACUAGAAAUAGAUGCUGACAGAUGAGCAGGGAUUUCGGCUAAUGAUAGAAAGACACCACCAAAAUAUUUAUAAUGCUUAUAUAACAGGUUCACCAUUACAUUUCUAAAAUAUUCUAAUAUAUUCAUAUCUGCAGUCAUCUUCUAAAGGAGAGAGUUCAAGCUUUCUCCUCUACUUCAACAUAUCAGUGCUUGGAAAAGAAACCCACUACUGUAAAGCCUGUAUAUGACCGUAGCAAAUAGAAAUGUAAUCGCACCCCCUGCUGCUUUUUCAUUAAUUUUGUAGUCUGAACUGUUUGUUUGCAGCCUCUCAAUAAAACUUUAUUAAUGGAGUCGUGGAUAACAAUCUUAGCAAGAGCUUUUGGUCAGUCAAGGAAUGGGCAUUUACCGGCUGACAUGUAAGUCGUGUGUCACAAGUUUUGCCAUGUGUAAUGUGUCUAUUAUUCAGCAGAAGAAAACACAAAAAAAUGAUUAAGUCACAUUUAUUCAUAAAUUUGUCUUUGGCUAAUUCAAGUAAAAGCCUUGCAGAAA